AUGGAGGAUGCAGAAAAGAUCCCAUUGGAAGCCGUAAUGUUUGCGGGAUCCUUUCUUGCAGGAAGUAUUCCGUUAUUUUUCCAGUUGUCUGAAGAACGCUUGAGGAUUACCUCAGCUCUUGGCAUUGGAUUACUCGUGGGAACGAGUCUAGUUGUUAUUAUUCCUGAGGGUAUAGAAACACUGUACAGUAUAGAAUUUUCAAAGGACACACUGAAUAGAGAAAUAUCACCUCAUCUAGCUGAAUAUCCAAAUGCUCCAACGCCAGCGGAUUCUUCCGACGAGACAACAACUAAUUCCAUGAAACGACGUGACGACCUUGGCUUUGACGCUGACGACGAGAAUGCAUCUCUGUUGUCCCCUCCUCCGAAUCAUUCUCACGAAAACUCGUCUCACCGUUAUGUUGGCCUAUCCUUGAUCUUUGGAUUCGUCCUAAUGUUCCUCAUCGAUCAAAUCGGCGCUCCUCACUCUCACGUUUAUACUUCUGAAUUUCCCGACCCAGCUUCUCCCGAGCAUUUGGAUAUGUCAUCCGAAUUAGAAACUCCAAAACGCAAGUUGUCAUCAAUAACAAUUGGUCUAGUCAUUCAUGCAGCAGCAGAUGGCAUUGCCCUGGGUGCAUCGGCAAAUCAACCAAAGCUGGAGCUGAUAGUCUUCCUCGCAAUCAUGCUUCACAAAGCACCAUCUGCCUUUGGUUUAUGUGCUGUGCUGCUCCGCGAAGGACUUGGUCGUCGACAAAUUAGGAGACGCGUAGCAAUAUUUUCGGCAUCUGCUCCGACUACAGCAAUACUGACAUAUAUUUUACUAGGAAACAUAGGAGGAGAUAUGGGGACGACAAAAGCACUGUGGUGGACUGCGGUGUUGUUGCUUUUUUCUGGUGGAACGUUUUUAUAUGUUGCUAUGCAUGUGAUGAAGGAUUUAAAUGGUUCGGAGAGAGGACAUACGAGUAAACUGCCAGGGAGAGUUGUUACGGCGGUUGUCAUAGGAAUGUUUUCCCCGAUUUUACUAGAGUUUGGGCAUUUAUAG